CGUACGCUGCUCGGCAACCAGAGGCUCCACCCUCUGCUCCCGUUCCGUUGUGCCUAUUGGACCGAAGAACCCCAGAGCUUUGCUCUUGGUUCGUGUUACGGUUGGUUUCCUUUGCCGCAGGUGUCAACCAAAGCGACAUUCGAUUGGGUAAACUUGGAGAAGGAGGCAGGCCUAGACUGCCAAAGGCGGAGCUUCUUGGCUGCUUGACGAAAUGUCGUGAAUAAAAGGAAGGAACGCGGAGCUUCACAAGUUUGGGAGCUUAGGUAAAUGCCUGAUAGGGGUUAUCGAAAGGACCCAGCGACUUUAUAUUUAUAUGAAAUAUAAAGGUAUUCGACCAUCUUUAAGCUUCCAUAUACCCUUAGGUAAUACGCGUCUCUGCAGAGUAAGAGAUUUGAUGGCAACGGCCAUUAGUAGCCUGUUUUGGAUCAGGCUCUGGAGUGGACGCCCCUAGCUGCGGGGUCCUCUGGGCAGUUGGAGACCUACCGAAGAUGGUAGCGAUGGCGGCUGGGCUUGGUGGAUGGCUGGGGCCGGCGUUUGGGCUGCGGUUGCUCUUGGCGGCUGUACUUCAAGCGGUGUGUGCACUUGGGGUAGAGUUUUCAUCGGAGGCUUGCAGAGAGUUGGGCUUCUCCAGCAACUUACUCUGCAGCUCUUGUGAUCUUCUUGGACAGUUUAACCUGCUUCAGCUGGAUCCUGACUGUAGAGGAUGCUGUCAGGAAGAAGCACAAUUUGAAACAAAAAAGCUUUAUGCAGGUGCUAUCCUUGAAGUUUGUGGAUGAAAAUUGGGGAGGUUCCCUCAAGUCCAAGCUUUCGUCAGGAGUGAUAAACCCAAACUAUUCAGAGGACUACAAAUCAAGUAUGUUCGUGGUUCAGACCCUGUAUUAAAGCUUUUGGACGACAAUGGGAACAUUGCUGAAGAACUAAGCAUCCUUAAGUGGAACACAGACAGUGUAGAGGAAUUCCUGAGUGAAAAGUUGGAACGCAUAUAAAUCUUGCUUCAAUUUUGUCCUAUCCUUUUGUGACUUUAUCAAAUGAAAUAUUACAGUACCUAGAAUAUUGUAGUUUUGCUUCCUUCUCUUUUUCCGUGAGGCAUUAAACAUCUAAUUAACAGUUGAAGUGGCAGCACAGCUCACGUUACCCAGGGAUUUGGCACGCUUAACCAAACUCGUUUUUAAUAAAGUUCCAUCCUCCUAUAGUUGUUGGGACCACUAACAAAAUGCUUUGUAAUAGACCUGUGGUUAAUUAGGCAAAUGAUGGUUUGUAAUAAUUGGUCCAGUUUUACAAAGGACAGAUUUUUAAAUCAGGGAGGUUAAUAAGGGAGAGGAUUGCUGUGCCUCAUCCAUGCACUGUGUGCUCUUUGAAAGUAAUAACAAAAAACUACAAAGCAAAUAAGAUAGACUGAGCCUCAACAGAUUGCCUGAUUCUCAGAUUCUCUCAUAUUUUUGUAAUACCCAGCUUUCCUUUGAAUAGAAAUGUUAUAGUUUAUAAUGAAUGUGUUGCGUUAAAACUUUAUGGCUUCAUUAUUGUAAAACAGAUUCAAGAUCUACAGUAAGAGGGAAACAUUCACAACGAUUUGCAUUAAUGAAGACUACACAGAAAACCUUCGUGAGGAUUUGUGUGGAUCUGAUGAUAUUUGGCAAAUUUUUGUGCUUUACCUUCUUACAGAAAAGCCAAUUUAGAAAUGAUCGUUUUUAAGACCAAAAUAUAAAUAAAGUUUCAAAAAUCAA